CCCAAUUGUUAAUUGCUGAUUAAUCAUGGCAGUCGGUUUCAUAACAUUGUCAACAAGAACUUGUGUUUCGAUGCUCAUGAACUUGGACCACUAAUCCCGGGAUCUGUUUUUUUCGAAUGGAAUUACAUAAUGAUCAUAGGACUCAUUUCUUUUAAAAGUUAUUUUUUCUAUCUCAAUAAGGAAGACGUUAAUGUAAUGAAACCAGUAAUUUGGUUUCACAAAUAAUACUGAGCGCAUGAAUGCCGGACACAAAAUUUUCACCAGAGCGCAACGAAAUUGCUAUCGGUAGUUUUCUUAAUGGUAAAAUCGAGCCGUUUCCGUGAAAUUAUUGACCUGCAAGUGUCUUGUUCUUGCAUCUUGAUUUAUAUUGUCAAAAUAAAAUUGAUUUGAAUAAACAGUAGUCGUACGCAUUAUUUACCAAAUAAAGCUGCCGAAUAUUUCGAAUAGUUCUCGUUUAAAUUUAUUUAUAUCAUGCAGUCUUUACUAAGCCUGUGCGUGUGUAAAAUAUACUCUAGUUGGCGCAAACAUUUCAGUGUGUUACGUCAUAGAAACAUCUGAAACAAGUGCUGCAAAGGGAAAAUAAGCGUAACAAUUACUGAAAAUUGAAGAUUGACAUCGUCAUCAACAUUUACAAUCAGCAAUCAUCAAACAAGAAUCUGAACGUAUAUUAUUGUACGUAAACCUAUGUCCAUAUUGUGUCUGUUGCAGACAACUAUUUGAGAAAUUUCGUUGACAGGAUGAUAAUUUGGAUACUUGGAUUGCUAAGCUUGGUACAAUCAUGUAUAGGAGUGACGGUCAUUAUAAGCGGGGAGGUGGUGAACUGUAUGUCCGAUUGUGUGUGUUGUAAAGGAGGAGAGGGACGAUGUAACCAACAGAGCAAGUAUUGUAAUGAUGGCUGCGUUGAUGGAAUAUUUGGCAAUAAAUGUCAUAAUCCCUGUCCCGGUAGCUGUUCUUCGUGCAGUCAAGAAACAGGCAGACCAUGUUACAGCUGCAAGGCUACAUUUUAUGAUAAAGACAGUGAGUGUAGCAAGAGGUGCCCAGUUAGAUGUGAAGGAGGAGUUUGUAAUGAUAAUGGAACUUGUAGUAAUUGUACAGAAAACUUCGAAGGAACAAAAUGCGAGACAUGUAUACAAGGACAAUAUGGUUCAAAUUGUACAGAAUUUUGCACUAAUAAGAACUGCCAAUGUUCGACUGAAACUGAUUGUACUUCUUGUAAAACGGGAUUCUACGGCAAAAUAACAUUCUGUCAAAAACGUUGUUCCCCGAGAUGUCAGAAUGGCGUUUGUAAUGACGACGGAAAUUGCCAUUGUCGAGCUGAGUUUACGGGAAAUACAUGCAGUGAAUGUCGGUCAGGAUAUUAUGGGGCAUACUGUAAUGUAUCCUGUUCCAUAGGAUGUGUUGAUGGACUAUGUGCAAACAAUGGCACUUGUUCAUGUCACCCAAACUACGUUACAGCGAAAUGUGAUACCUGUGCGGAUAAAAGAUACGGUGUAAACUGUAGCCAAGUCUGCAGUGUAGGAUGUACCAAUUCGUCCUGUAACAAAAGCAAUGGCCAUUGUGAAUGUGUUCCAAACUUUUCUGGCGAUUCAUGCGACCAAUGUAAAUCAGGCUUUUACGAGCAAUUAUGUAAUUUAAAUUGCUCGGAUAAUUGCAAACAACGCACAUGCUCACGAUACCAGGGGAACUGCACACUUGGAUGUGUUGAUGGAUAUUCAGGUGACAAUUGUACAACGCCUUGUAUCAAAACUUGCGCAACAUGUCGACAGUCUGAUAAAGCACACUGCGAGUCGUGCCACAAUGGAAACAAUGGAUCAACGUGUGAAUGUCCUCCUAAUUGCAAUUGUGACAGUGCAGCAGACGUAUGCACGUCAUGUCGAGAUGGGUACGCCAAUCCUGGAAAACAGUGUACGUGUCGGUCAAAGUAUUGUAAUGGAACCGUGUGUGAUAAAUGUGUAAACCAAACGUUUUAUGUUGACAGCAAUGUUUGCUGUAAAUGUCCAGAUAACUGCAAAACUGGUGUCUGUGAGAAAGGGCCUGCGUGUAUAUCCGGUUGCAUUGAUGGCUUUUACGGUCUCAAUUGUACUCAAAGUUGUUUGUCCGUCAGUAACAAUUGCAUUAAAUGUAAUCAAACUCAUGGAAAGUGUUUGGAAUGUAACAUCGGAUUUUAUCCUCAUGAUAAUGGAAGUUGCAUCAGUUGCAAUAGCAAUUGUUUGAAUGGGCAGUGUAGUUCAGACAAUGGCACUUGUCUACUCGGUUGUACAGGCAAAACUUGGGGAGAAAAAUGUGACAGUCGAUGUAGUUCAAAUUGUGAAACAUGUCAGCAAGAUUCGGGAAUGUGUAAUUCAUGUACAGACCGUACUUUCCGCGGAGGUUUUUGCAACGAAUCCUGCGGCUCCUCCUGCUAUGAAAAUGAAGUUGGGCUACCUGUAGAAGCUAUCGCCGGAGGUGGUGGCGUUGUAGUCAUAUGCAUCGUUGUUGCAUUAUCCAUCGUUAUACGAAGAUCCAUUCGCAAGCCUGUCUCUAGCCAAACCAUGCAAAAUGGCAAUACAACGUUCCAAGCUGACAUAAUCAAAGAAAACGAAACAGAAAGUAAAAUCAAAAGAAAAUCCUCCGAACAAAAUCAACCUGCCACCCGGCAACAAGCAAACGAACCCACUUCUGUCAAGCAGCAAGUAUCUACACAUGAGGAAACUGCAUUUCAAAAUGAGAAUGGCCUGGAGAUAGAUGACGAGAGCAAUGGGGUUCUUGAUACUUCUUCCACUGAUGAUCAUACGUAUUACAAUGAACUUGGAACAUCAAGUAACAAGUCGAAAAUACCCAUUGAUCAACUUGUCAAGUAUGUUGACGGAAAGAACCACGAAGCGUUUGUUGCAGAAUUUGAGAUGUUUUCACGCGGUCUUGUGAAGCCGUAUGUGGAAUCGCAAAAGAAAGAGAACCUGAGUAAGAAUCGAUAUAAGGGGAUUUAUCCAUACGAUGAUUCAAGGGUCAUAGUCGCAGGCAGUGAUGGAUCAGACUACAUCAAUGCCAGCUUUAUUGACGGGUAUAAAAAGCCGAAACAGUACAUCGCCACACUAGGUCCAAUGUCCAAACAAUUGGAAGAUUUCAGCUUGUUCUGGAAAAUGAUUUGGCAGCAAAGGGUUGAGAAAAUUGUUAUGGUUACCAAUCUCGUUGAAAACGGAUCCCCUAAAUGCGAGCAAUACUGGCCAAAUCAGGGGGCAUCUAAGACGUAUGGUGAUAUAAAGGUAGAAAGCCGCUCGGAGGAUGAGUACGCUGAGUUUACUAGGAGGGCUUUCACGGUCGCCAUGGGUACAGAAGAAAGGACGUUGCACCAUCUGCAUUUCACGUGUUGGCCUGACAAAUCAAUACCCGACGAUAUAACUGCAAUCAUAGAGUUCAGACAGCGGGUUCUGACUACGCCGAGUACACUGAAUGGACCAACGGUUGUGCAUUGCAGUGCUGGUGUCGGCAGAACAGGCACUUACAUUGCUCUGGACAUCCUGACAAAAGAAGGUGAGGCGGAACGAGCCAUUGAUAUCGCGGGAUGUGUCCACAAAAUGCGCCUGAACAGGCCGAAUAUGGUUCAGACAUUGGAGCAGUACCAGUUUCUGCACACAGCUGUGGUUUACUCGUUGACCUUCGACUGUAAACAAAUCAAGGGAGAGAACUUCGACCAGUACAUGAGCAACCAUUCUACACAAGAGCUGAAUAAUCAGUUCAAUAAAUUGCAGCACACGGUUGAAAAACGAUCUAAAGAUGAAACUGAGGCAGUUGAGCAGAAUAAGCAGCAUUUAGUCAAAAACAGAGCAAACGCAGAUAUCCCAGGUAAUGAAAACAGACCACGCCUUUAUCUGAAUCUCCAUCCAGGAGCGACAGAUUACAUCAAUGCUGUUUACAUACAUAGCUUUAGAACCAAGAAACGUUACCUGGAAGCACAGACACCACUUCCAGAGACAGUUAUAGACUUUUUGACUCUUAUUGUCCAAGAGAGGUGUUCAUGUAUCGUCAGCUUCGAAGCUAAUAUGGACAAACAAAAGAAUAUCGGCAUAUACUAUCCCGCUGCAAACCAAGAUGUUUUAAAGAAGGAAACGUUUGAAGUCAGCUGUUCGAGAGAAGAACAGAAAACAUUCUACUCUGAGCUAACAUUGACAAUACAGCACAAAGGGGCAGGGACGAGCACUGAUCAGACCAUUCCACAUCUUCAAUUUACCGACUGGGAUGAAAUGAAGAAUAUUCCAAAGUCAACGACAAAUUUUCUGUCGUUUUUGAACGUGAUAGAAACUGUCACGAAACAACAUGAUGACGGACCGAUAUUGGUCCAUUGUUUUGAUGGUGCGGGGAAAAGCGGUCUUUUCUGUGUGGUCUCGUUGCUUCUCCACAAGAUGGCAGUGGAACACGAAGUCAGCGUGCUCAAUGCUGUUAGGAAGAUCAAAACAAUGCGGAGACUAGCGAUCCCCAAUGAGGAACAAUUUGUGUUCUGCCAUGGAUGCGUUUCGGAGUAUCUUAGUUCGUUCGACGUUUACGCCAAUUUUAGUGAAAAAACGGGGAACAUUUAAUGUCCUGGCCUAUCGUUACCGCUGAAGAUUAAGACACAAGACAGUUUAUAAAAUAUUAGCAUUACGAAUGCCCGACGAGGGGCAUUGUGUGUUUGAUUAUUUGCAGCACGUCAGAAGUGGGGUAAACUAUAUUUAUUUCAUUAUUGUACAUGUACUUAUGACACCGCAUUGUAAAUAUGAAGGUAUUAACUAAUCUUCAAAGUGCAUUUUAUACCGUAUAAUCUGCAGUUAUAUUGUAUGUGUGUUUUUAAAAAUGAAUAUACAAUCAAUAAACGAUCUCUUAUGUAGUUUCAAUACUAAUAAAAGACUAUGUAUCGUUGAAAGAGAGUUUCAUAUAACCUCAUGGCAAACAAUUCUUAGUUAAGCAUUUUGUAAGAACAAUAUUUGAGUGGCAUGUUUUCAUUUUCAUGAUGUUGUUUUUCAUAUUGUAUUCUUUGUAUUGGUAUCAUUUGUAACGUUCAUGAUAAAUUGUCAUGUGUGCUAUCAAAGUAGCUCGAAACACAUCUAAACUAAAAUGAAUUACGCGGGAAAUGAAUACUGCCUAAAGUAUAUGUGUGUUUGGCUUGUGGUCUUCAUGUUGAAAAAGUUAUUUCACAGUAUGCGUACCAUCGUGCCAACGAGAACUGUUGAUGAACAUGGUAAAAUCUAGUUUCAUUAUCAUGGUAAAAUAUAUCAGUUUUAAAUAACAUAAACCUUAACCUAUAAACAUUUGUUGUAUUCGCAUUAUCGAAUAUUUUUUUUGUUUUAAACUAUGAUUGUCUACACUCACCGUAAUGUUUGCACUAUUAUAAUGACACAUUGUUUCUAUCUCUCUUGCAUGCUUCGUGUUAAACAAAAUAGUUCAUUGAAACUUCAUCAAAAAUAUCACCUACAUUUUUUAUAUUUAAGUGUUUUACAUUAUAUUAUGUAUUGGUAUUUUUUAUUAUCAUAAUAUUGAGCAUGGCAAAGUUGUCAAUAUUUGUUUUAUGGAUUUUUUAUGAUAUCAUUUUAACCAGCAGCCACUCAUAGAAAUACAGAAAAGAGGAUUGGUUUUAUAUUUAAGCAACUUGAAAUUAUAUUUAAUUACAAAUAUUAUUUUUUUCACAAAGUCACACUUACACAAGACGCUUACAAACUAUGAAAUUAUAAACGAUACAAGUAAUAUUUUGAUUAACCGUGAUUGUCAUGACAUUCAAAGUAAAUCAGUGUACUCUCCCUUUAUUUUAAAUCAAAUGUAGUGUGUGUGUAACUGAUAUUCAUUUAUAUAGUUGUAUCUUUAUUACUACAACUGUGUAUAGUUGUAAUAAAAUUACUAUUUUUCUGG